AUGGAUGAUUACCUUGCUGGGCCGCAGGGCCUGUCGGACGCCAUUGACACGUCAAUUCCCGCCUCACCCGGCUCAAGCAUUGCUGGCUCAUCCCGUGGCACCAGUGAGCCGGCGGCCCUGUCCCAAAUCUCGCUAGAUAUAGCCGCUAUCUCUUCCAGCAUGCUCACCAGGCGGGAUAAAUCUGAAAUGGUGGCCGAGCUGCGGGCGGUGAUCAGGGAGGAGAUUGCCGCUGUGCGUGCGGAUCUCACCGCCCUGGAGCACCGCGUGGACGCCUUGGACGCUGAGCGCCUUCAGAACUCCCAUCGGCAGCAAGCUGCAGAACUGGCGACCACCAGGCAGGGGAAUCUACUCCUAGAUCUACGUCGUCAGGUCGAAGACCUCGACAAUAGAGGUAGGCGGAACAACAUUAGGAUCCGGCGGUUACCGGAGGCUGAAGGUGAGCUGCCACACGAACUGCUCACCGGCUUGUUCUCGCACCUGCUGGGGGAGGCGGCACCAGAUGACUUCGGCAUUGAGAGGGCGCAUAGAGCUCUGCGGGCACCCCGGCGUGAUGGGCUGCCGAGGGACUUGAUCUGCGCCCUGGCGUCCUUCCCGCUCAAGGAAGAGUUGAUGAAAGCCGCGCGCUCCCGCCCCGAUCUUCGCUAUAUGGAUGCCCCGGUGGCCCUGUAUCAUGAUCUGUCGCAGACCACCUUGGAUGCCCGGCGGGCCUUGUGGCCGCUUACCCGCCUGCUUCAGGAAAGAAGAAUCCCAUACAAGUGGGGCUUCCCCUUUAGCCUGCAGGCCCGGGUGGGCAACAUGUGGCAUGUGCUCCAGUGGCCCAAUGAUGUCCCCCGGUUUCUGCGGAAUACUGGCCUCCCUCAUAUCGCCAUCCCGAUUUGGAUCCUGGGGGGGCCCCCGGCUCGAGCGGUAGGCCCAGAAGAGGCUGCACAUAACCUUCCUCUGGACCCGGAGCCACCACGUCGCAGAGGAGGGCUGAACGGCCCAGAAGAGUAG